AACUCAAAAACUAAAACCUGCGGAUCCACAAAACGCCAUAAACCGUAAAGCUAGUUACAAAGCUCUUGAAGAUCUUUAUAAUUCUGGAAAAAUUCGAGCCAUUGGAGUGAGCAAUUACACUCAUCGUCAUUUAACUGAUUUAUUAUCCCAUUGUACCAUUAUUCCAGCAGUUUUACAAGUUGAAUUGCAUCCAUUAUAUUAUCAAAAAGAAUUAAUUGAUUUAUGUCGAAAACAUAAUAUUUUAGUUCAAGCGUAUUCAAGUUUAGGAGAAGGUAAAUUAGUUAAUGGAGAAGUUGAAAUACCAGUAAUCAAGGACAUUGCAACGAAAAAUAGGGUUAGUGUAGCACAGCUUCUGUUGAAAUGGGGACAUCAACAUGGGUUUAUUGUUAUACCUAAAUCUACUAAUGCGAAAAGGAUUAAAGAAAAUAUGAACAUUUUUAACUUUGAAUUAUCAAAUGAG